AUGUCAGAACUCCGUCAGCGACAGCCUGCCGCGGGCUCGGGGCGCCAACAAAACACAGACGCAGACGCAGACACAGCGCCGCGGCGCGAACCACGCCGCACCGACGAUGAUGACCCUUUCAUCAGCGUUCUUGACAUCAUCCGGGUGUUCGUCGUCCUAGUGAUCGCCUCCUGCGGUCUCUCAUACUACAUGACCAACACCGAGUCUGUACUAUGGGGCUAUCGGCCGUGGUUUACACGGUGGCCUGUCGUGAAGCAGUAUCUGAGUGGCUCGGUUCACCUCACACCAGUUGAACUCAGCCUGUACAACGGCACCGACCCCUCCCUUCCAAUCUACCUCGCCGUCAACGGCUCCAUCUUCGACGUCUCCGCCAACCCGAUGAUCUAUGGGCCGGGCGGAAGCUACAAUUUCUUUGCGGGAAGAGAUGCCACACGUGCCUUUGUGACGGGCUGUUUCAAGGAAGAUCUGACUACGGAUGUGGGCGGUGUCGAGGAGAUGUUCCUCCCCGUGGAGGACGUGGAGGAUGAGCAGAUUACCAUGGCAGAGAGGACGCUUCGCCAUGAGCGGGAGCUGAUGCUCGCUAGGGAACAGAUUGAGAAGACUGUUCUCCGAUGGCAGAAUUUCUUCCGGAAUCAUAAGAAGUAUUUCGAGGUUGGACUGGUGGAAGACGAUGGGACUGUUGACCCAGAGAAGGGGAAGAGAGUUCUUUGUGAGGGGGCAAAGAAGCAAAGGCCAAAGCGGAGUGAGAUGACCGAGGAAGAGUAG